GGGGUCCUUUCCCUGUGCCCGCUCGCCCCAAGGUGCCUGCGGAGCUGGGCGCGGGCCGCGCGGCGGGAGCGGGCGGGGGCGGCGGCAGCGCCAUGAUGGUGGGCAGGACCAGCGCCAUCGCCGCGGGGCUCUGCGGGGCGCUCUUCAUCGGAUACUGCAUCUACUUCGACCGCAAGAGGCGGAGCGACCCCAAUUUCAAGAACCGGCUGCGCGAGCGAAGGAAGAAACAGAAGCUUGCCAAAGAGAGAGCAGGACUUUCCAAGUUGCCUGAUCUGAAAGAUGCUGAAGCAGUUCAGAAGUUUUUCCUUGAGGAGAUUCAACUUGGCGAGGAAUUACUAGCUCAAGGUGAAUAUGAAAAAGGUGUUGAUCACUUGACCAAUGCCAUUGCUGUGUGUGGGCAGCCGCAGCAGCUACUACAAGUCCUACAACAGACUCUUCCACCACCAGUGUUUCAAAUGCUUCUAACUAAGCUCCCUACAAUAAGCCAGAGAAUUGUAAGUGCACAGUGCUUGGCUGAAGAUGAUGUUGAAUGAGGUCACACCACAACGGGGGGAAAAAGUUUUCUUACCCCAGAAGAUGAGCAUCAGUAGGGGGAUAAAGGGGCAAACAUAGUAGUUAAUGGACUGUGUACCACAUCGGGUUCUACCAGAGUUAAAAUUAACUUUGUGUAGGUGGGUUUCACAGGAUUUUAUUUAUUACCCAGUGAAAAGUGUAUUUUGAUAAGAAUUCAUUUUAUAAAUACACUGUGUUGAGUUAUCCAAGUAUCACUAACGUCAUUAUUAUUAAAAUACGCAGUUGUAAUGUUGUACAUAUACAGACAUAAAACUACGACCUAUUAAAGACCCAAUGCUCAUUUUUGAAAAAACGAAGUUAUGGCAAUAAAGAUUUAUCUGCACUUGUGUGUCCCUAUACUACUGCUUUAAAAUACAGAAUGUUUGGGUGUCAGAGCAAAUGAUCUAAAAAUGACAACAUUAAAAUUUAUUUUUAAUGUUA